GAUUGUCAAUAAAUCACUCCGUGUUGAAGCCGAUAUAUAAUCUCUCCAGCCUUGUCAGUAAUACCACAUGGUGUCAGAAGUAUUAAAGGACCCUUGGGACUUACCUGAACAGGUAUUUCAGUAGAUACAGUGACUACAAAACCAGCGAAAAUAGGUGCAAAGUGGCUGACUAUCUGUCGCUUAUUCUGGAAAAUUACACGCGUACAUUCAGCGUGUGUAUUACGUACUGUACAAUACCGCAUGCUACAGUGUAGGCCCUGUCGUACAAACAUUACACUGUGUGUAACUUGCUUUCGGCUACUGUGUGCACAAAAUAGAUAAACUAUUCUUGCAGUGAUGGAUGUACUGCCGCCACCAAGCGCACUUGAACUUACCGGUAAUGUGGCGGAAAACUGGAAAAGGUUCAAACAACGUUUUCAGUUAUACAUUGAUGCAAUUGGGGCAUCGAAGAAGGACGACAGACAACAAACGUCGAUCCUGCUACAUGUUAUCGGUGAGCAAGCCCUUGACGUUUACAAUACAUUCAAAUGGGAUGAAGAGGGCGACCAGGAAGGGGAUAACAUGCGCCUGGUGAAAGUAAUGGCCAAACUAGAGAAAUACUGCACCCCCAAGACCAACUUGACACUGGAGAGAUUUCACUUCAAUAACUGUUGCCAGCAACCUGGUGAAGGCAUUGACGCGUACCUCACUAGACUGAAAAAGCACAGCAAAAAGUGUGAAUUUGGCACACUACAGGAUUCGCUGGUCAAAGAUAGACUGGUAUGUGGCAUCGUCGCUAAUGUAACCAGAGAACGCCUGCUUCGAGAGGAAGACUUAACUCUUGAAAAAGCAGUCAAAAUCUGCAAGGCUGCUGAACUUGUGAAAGAGCGUUCAAAGGAGCUACAAUCAACAACUCCAACAGUCCAUGCCGUGCAGAAAAAUCCAUCUGCAAAACCAAAACCGCAGGGAGCUAAUAGAAAACCCCAGGCAACAGCUAAGCCACAGAAUGCACCUAAAGGAAAGCCCAGUCGCUGGAAGCCCAGAAAUGAUCAACAGCAACAAACUAGUGACAAACAUCACUGUAGACGCUGCGACAACUGGCAUGUCUCGGGAAAAUGCCCAGCGUACGGUGAAACAUGUGCUUACUGUAGAGGCAAAAAUCAUUUUGCCAAGUGUUGCUUCAAGAAACGCGCACAGGGCCAAGUGCACACAGUAGACAAUGACGAGUCCACUGACUUUUUUCUUGACACCAUUACAGUAGAUUCAGUCAAGACACAAGCAAAUGACUGGAUAUUUCCCCUCGCUAUGAAUGGUACAAUCAUACCUGUCAAAUUGGAUACAGGGGCACAGGUGAACAUUUUGACAGAGACAGACUUCAGUCGGCUGAAAAAUAAGCCACAACUACACCCAGCCACAGAGACACUGAAAGCCUACAACCACAGCCAGAUAAUCGUCAAAGGCAAGUGUGUAGUGACUGUGGACCAUGCAGCACGAAAACACAAAAUGCUGUUCUUCGUCGUCCCAGGUGAUAAACAAGCACUGUUGGGCAGACAAGCUUGCGAACAGUUAGGGCUUGUCAAAGUAGCCUGUGCUGUCACGAAUCAGGAGCAACCCAAAGACCCCAACGACAACUACGCGAACCUGCUACACGAAUACGGUGACAUAUUCGAAGGACUGGGUUGUUUGCCAGGGAUGCACACAAUCAUCAUUGAUGAGACAGCACAGCCAGUUGUACAUGCCUGCCGCAAAGUACCAUUCGCACUCCAUAAUGGUCUAAAGAGAGAACUUGAACGUAUGGAGAGUCUUGGCGUCAUCACCAGAGUGGAUGAGCCUACCGACUGGGUAAAUUCCCUAGUCGUUGUCAAGAAAAAGAAUGGAGACAUUCGUGUGUGCAUGGAUCCGAGAGAUCUCAAUCGUGCCAUUAAAAGAGAGCACUACAAAAUGCCCACACGAGAAGAAGUCAUGUCACAGUUCGCUGGUGCAUCAUACUACUCCAAACUCGAUGCAUCACAAGGAUUUUGGCAGCUUCAACUAGACGACAAAAGCAGUCGCUUGUGUACAUUCAACACGCCGUUCGGUAGGUUCAGAUAUACGAGACUACCGUUCGGCAUAUCAUCAGCACCAGAGGUCUACCAUAAAACUGUUCACCAAAUCUUCGAGUCAAUCGAUGGUGUCAGUACCUUCGCUGACGACAUCAUCAUCUAUGGAGCAACCAAAGAGGCCCAUGAUCGCAGCCUACGACUGACACUUGAAACAGCACGUCAAGUGAACCUGAAGCUGAACAGAAGCAAAUGUGAAAUUGGCGUCACACAGCUCACAUUCAUUGGUGAUCUGGUAACGACAGAUGGUGUCAAACCAGACCCCAAUAAGGUCGCGGCGAUCAACAACAUGCCCAAACCAGAAAACAAGCAAGAGCUUCAGCGCUUCUUGGGCAUGGUAACAUAUUUGGCCAAGUGGAUCGCGGGACUCUCGCAAAAAUCAGCCCCGCUUCGAGCACUGCUGAAAGAUGACAAUGAAUGGCAGUGGGGUCCAGAACAGGAGAGGGCAUGGAGCGACCUGAAGGCUACAGUAUCUACGGACCCAGUUCUUCAGUACUAUGACUCAAAUUGCCCAAUACGCCUGUCAUCCGAUGCAAGUAAGGACGGUCUGGGAGCAGUGAUCCUGCAACUUCAUGACGACAAGUGGUCACCCGUGGCCUAUGCAUCGAGAGCCAUGACAAGCGCAGAGACUCGCUAUGCGCAGAUAGAGAAGGAGCUUCUUGGGAUAGUCUUCGCAUGCGAGCGCUUUCAUCAGUUUAUCUACGGAGCUACGGUCGAGGCCGAAACGGACCAUAAGCCUCUCAUCAGUCUGUUUAAGAAGCCACUGAACGAUUGCCCACUCAGAGUGCAACGGUUGCUGCUCAGGGUACAGAGGUAUGACUUGCACGUAGUCUACACCCCUGGGAAGCAACUGGUGGUCGCAGACGCCCUAUCGCGUGCACCAGACCGAAAUGCUGAUCAAGGGGAAGCAGCACAAGUCCAAAGCCUUGAUGAUGUCGUCGAGGCAUUUGUAGACAUGAUCAUCGAGACAAUGCCUGUAUCUGACAACAGAAUGAAGCAGAUACGUGAAGCUACUCAAGCUGACGACCAGCUGACCAACCUGAAGCAGGUAAUACUACAGGGUUGGCCAGAGGCGAGCCAACAAUGUCCAAGUGACAUUCGCCCCUUCUGGAAUAUUCGAGCUGAACUGACAGUGGCCGAGGAUGUCAUAUUCAAGGGUACGAGAAUCGUUAUCCCUCGAGUCCUGCGCAAAGAUGUAUUGCUCAAGGUUCACGAGGGGCAUAUGGGAAUAGAGAAAUGCCGCCGUCGUGCCCGUGAUGUUGUUUACUGGCCAGGCAUGAACGCCGAAAUCAGCGACAUGGUAAGCCAAUGCGAUGCUUGCCAGAAACAUCAACCCAGUCAAUCCGUGGAACCACUAAAUCCACAUGAGAUACCAGUUCGAGCAUGGCAACGAGUUGGAGCAGACAUUGGUACCGUCAAAGGAAAGGAGUACUUAAUUGUCUGUGACUACUACUCGGGAUAUCCAGAGGUGGUAACCCUAACCACCACUACAAGCAAAGCUGUAAUCAAUGCCAUGAAAUCAAUGUUUGCUCGACAUGGCGUGCCAGAUGUGGUUAUUUCAGACAACGGACCACAGUUUGGCAGCCGAGAAUUCGCAGACUUCACUAAAGACUGGGGAUUUGAACAUCAUACUUCAAGCCCACACUACCCAAGAUCCAACGGCUUGGCAGAGAGUGCUGUCAAAACUGUAAAACAGAUGAUCAAGAAGUGCCAGGAAACAAAACAGGACUUUCACAAAGCUCUGUUAGCCUAUCGCUCUACGCCACUCCAAAAUGGGCUGUCCCCGAGUCAGAUGCUAAUGAACAGGCGUGUUAAGACAACCCUACCUGUUCAUCCACAACGCUUGGAGCCAGAGGUGCAACAAGGUGUGGUCUCCGACAAGAUCCUGAGACGAAACCAACAAAAACAGGUGCAUGAUAGGAAUGCACAUCCGCUGAAACCACUUCACACACAGGACAGAGUGAGGGUGCAGGACCAUCGCACAGGACUAUGGACAGUGAGAGCCACUGUUCUCCGCAAGCUGGCACCCCGAUCCUACGAAAUCAAGACUGACGUUGGCUGGAUCUUACGUCGCAACAGAGGAGCCAUACGAAAAGACACAGUACCGGACCAGACAUCGAUUGAUCCUGAACUGCUGGAGGAGGAACUGGCUCUACAGCUAGCCACUGAACAUCUGGUUGGGACUGAGGCACAAGAGCCAGCUAAACAGGAUCAUGCCACACCUGUUCGAUCACUUCGGGAACAAACUUUGAGAAGAUCCACCCGCACCAUCAGGCGUCCAGAACGUCUGAUAGAAACACUAUAACUCUGUUAACAUGAGCAUUAUCGUGCUAAACACUUUAGCUAUGAUUCACAUAACAUACCUCAACCAGAUCAGUUAAAUUUUGGGUUUAAGUCAACACUAUAAGUUUAGUUUAAGGUUUAAGUCAACCUUGUAAGUUUAGUUUUCGAGAAAAAAGAAAAAGAAAAAAACAAAACAAAAAAAAACAUGUUUAGAUCAGCUGCAUUAGUCGUCCUAAAUUUCAGUCAGAAAAAAGUGCAUGAUCAGUCGGCCCUUCCCGGAAAAACAAGGAGGAUAAAGGCAUUAAGACAGUUGAUAUGUUUUAUUUUUAUUAAAGAAUCAAAAGUUGUUGGAAUGAUUCAAGUUUAAGGCUUAAGAAAAAAAAAAAAAAAAAAAAGGUUUAAGAAAAAUACUUUCUUUAGGGGGAAGGUGUUGUGAUAUAACGCAUGACUGGUACAAGUCUAUUCAUGUCUAUCCUUGGUUACGUACGCAACGUACACAAUUGUACUCGUGUGUUAUGUGUGCAACCUCCCUGUAAAGCAAUCAGACGAUUGUCAAUAAAUCACUCCGUGUUGAAGCCGAUAUAUAAUCUCUCCAGCCUUGUCAGUAAUACCACA